UCACCAGAUUUUAUAAUACCUCUGUUACAGGUAAAGAAGUAAACAAGGGCAGUGAUGAGCUUGUCAAGAGAAGAAAAGAAGUGUCAGAAAGUGCUGCAGUGGAAGAAACGGUGAAGAGGAGAAGAGUGGAAGUCGGAGCGGAGGCCUCAUGCCCACAGUCGGGUAUGGGCAGGAAUGUCGGUAUUUGCAUGGGGAGUUUCAAGGACCUGCCUGUGGACGCGACGGCCCCUACACGCCUGACGUGUUCUUCUGGUGCUGCAUCCUCUUCUUCGCCACCUUUGCCCUGUCAAGCUUCUUGAAGAAGUUUAAAACCAGCCGCUACUUUCCAACCAGAGUACGGUCCACAGUGAGCGACUUUGCUGUUUUCCUCACCAUCGUCAUCAUGGUGCUCCUUGACUUCAUGGUUGGGAUCCCAUCGCCGAAGCUCCACGUCCCCCACGCGUUCAAGCCUACCAGAGACGACCGUGGGUGGUUCAUCAACCCCAUAGGACCCAACCCUUGGUGGACGGUGUUGGCUGCGCUCAUCCCAGCUCUGCUCUGCACCAUCUUGAUAUUCAUGGACCAGAUCAGUGCCGUUAUUGUGAACAGGAAGGAGCACAAGCUGAAGAAAGGAUGCGGGUACCACCUGGACCUUUUCAUGGUGGCCGUGAUGCUCGGGGUGUGCUCUGUGAUGGGGCUGCCCUGGUUUGUGGCUGCGACCGUGCUGUCCAUCACCCACGUGAAUAGCCUCAAAGUAGAGUCUGACUGCUCAGCUCCAGGAGAACAACUCAAGUUUCUGGGGAUACGAGAGCAGAGAGUCACCAGCUUGCUGAUCUUUGUGCUCAUGGGCUGCUCCGUCUUCUUCACUUCCGUGUUAAAGUUUAUACCAAUGCCUGUGCUUUAUGGCGUCUUUCUCUACAUGGGUGUGUUGUCGCUCAGAGGAAUUCAGUUCUUUGAUCGCUUGAAGCUGGUUUGGAUGCCGGCGAAACACCAGCCGGAUUUCAUCUACCUGCGGCACGUGCCCUUGCGAAAGGUGCAUUUCUUCACGGCGAUCCAGCUGAUCUGCCUCGUCCUGCUCUGGACCAUCAAGGUGUCCCGUGCCGCCAUCAUCUUUCCCCUGAUGGUUUUGGCUCUCGUCUUUGUCCGGAAAGCGAUGGAUUUCUGCUUCUCAAAGCGAGAGCUCAGCUUUCUGGAUGACCUUAUGCCAGAAAGGAAGAAGAAGUUGGACGAUGGCAGAAAUGAAGCCGGAGAAGAAGGAGAGGAGUCCCAGAAGGCGAUGGAAGCUGCUGCUGCUGCAAGUUCAGUUCAGCUGAGCGUGGGGAAGACCAGUGACGUGGAUAUCCCAAAGCAACGCAGUGACAAGACUGAUCCUUCUGAGAUGAUUAUCCUGGAUGAAAUGUCACAAACGCCCGUAUGGAAGGCUCUCACUUUGAAGACAGAAACCCUUUGAAUCCAGGGAGGAAAAAGGAAUCUUGACUUUGAAGGAGAGGAGUGAGAGCGUGACUCGGGGAUGUGCCAACGCAGACAGAGGGAGAAGGCGCUUUGUUUCAGUUGGAGGAUUCCCAUUAAAGCCAUGCAGAUGUUUUCAGUUAUCCUUGGUGUGCUUCAGGCAUUCAGUAUCCCUAAACCAGCAAGCUGAGGUGAACGUCACAGUCAAUGGGAGUUCGGUGGUGCUAAGUCUGUGUGCGUACGUGCGUGUGGGGGUGUGGGUUUGCAGUGGUAGAGGGACUGCUACCGCUUUAUCCUUCAGUGCUCUUCUUUUAAUACCUAAUUCCUCCUCUUUUUUUUUUUCUUUUUUCCAAAUGUAAACUGGGAAUGUCCAAAAUCAUUUUCUGUUAUAUUUGAUGCCUUCUCCACUUUCUUCUUCAUCACGACCGGGUUUUUGGUCUGGUUUGGGGUCCUGGCUUUAAUUCGCUCUUAUGUCUCUUACUGGUACGAGAGGGAUGCCCUCUGUGGCAGGGCAGCAUAGAGAGCGUCCGAGCAGCUGGCAUAAUUUGAAGGAAAAGCAUUUGCUCCCUGCGCUCCAGUUUUACCUCUCUU